CUGCUGCCGGAGCGUCUGCUGAGGAAGCGGCUGCUGCGCCCUGUGAGUCCUCUGUGUGCCACCUGUGCCGAUGGAGGAGACCACGCGUUACACGGAAUAAUCUACACCCUCGUGACGCUCCCUCUUCUUCUUCUUUUUCCGUCUGGAUUUGCAUUGUUUUCCAUGUAUUUUGCAUCGUCUUAAAGUUGUGAUGAUGCCUCCGCUCAACAUUUGGGAUUGGUAGAAGCCGUCUGUGCGAGGAGGCUGACAGCGUCGGAUUGAUUGAACAAUCGACCGUCUCUCGGGAAGUGGAUAAAAACAUGGACUAAUAUCUUUUUUUAUACAUUCACCAUGGGAUUAUUACAGCUCUUUCUGGUCCUCGGCAUUUUCUGCGCCUCCCCAGUUGCAGGUUUUGGGGUCGACCCUGCCCUGCGCAUUAGCGUGUUUGAUGAACUAACACUUGGAGAAGGGUUUGAUGGAGUUACUCAGGUCCAGGGCUUCCACAGCGAAUCUCGAGCUUUCCACUUCCAAGGGUCCUCCAGGGAAGUCAAGGCUCCCGCUGAGGUCUCUGAGCAAAUGGUUCACAAGCUGAGAGGCAAGAAUGAGUUUACUGUGCUGGUGACCCUCAAACAGGAUCACCUCAACUCCGGGGUCAUCCUCUCCAUCCAUCACUCCGAGCACAGGUUUCUGGAGCUGGAGAGCAGUGGCCAGCGCAGCGAGGUGCGUCUUCACUACCGCACCAAAGGCCAGCAGGCCCACACUGAGGUGUUCCCUUACAGCCUGGCCGACGACCAGUGGCACAAGGUCUCUGUGGCCGUCAGUGCCUCUCACAUCAUACUGCAUGUCGACUGCAAUAGGAUUUACGAGCGGGUGGUGGAAGCCCCGUACAUGGACGUACCUGAGGAUGCAUCCUUCUGGCUCGGACAGAGAAACGCCGCUCACGGGUUCUUUAAGGGGGUGAUGCAGGACGUGGAGAUCGUGGUGAUGCCACAGGGUUACAUCUCCCAGUGUCCGGACCUGAACAGAACUUGCCCAACCUGCAAUGAUUUCCAUGGACUUGUGCAGAAAAUCAUGGAGCUGCAGGACAUCCUCGCUAAAACAUCCAGCAAGCUGUCCAGGGCCGAGGAGAAGAUGAAUGGACUGGAUGGCUGCUAUUGUGAGAGAACCUGCAGUGUCAAGGGGGUCGUCUACAGGGAGGACGAGGGCUGGACAGAUGGCUGCAGGAACUGCACAUGCACGAACGGCACGGUGCAGUGCGAGGCCGUCUCCUGCCCCCCCCCUCAGUGCCCGGCUGCCACAGCGCCUGCCUACGUGAAGGGGGCCUGCUGCAAGGAGUGCCAGCCUGUCUGCAUGUUCGGCGGAAGGGAGCUGGUGGAGGCUGAUCGGAAGGCUGUGCGCGACUCCUCUGGCCGGUGCCUGUUGUUUGAAUGCAGGGACAGGACGAUGCAUCGAGUGGUCCCCAGCGAGCCGUGUCCUGAGCUCAACUGUCCGGAGUCGGAGCAGAUCACCUUGAGUGACAGAUGCUGUAAAGUCUGCAGAGGUCAUGACUUCUGCUCAGAGGGCCAUGGCUGCGUGGAGCACUCAGACUGUGUGAACCUGGAGGCAGGAGACUGCUGUGUCUGUAAGGACGGCUUCCGCCCACUGCGAGACGAUAAUGCCUACUGUGAAGAUAUUGAUGAGUGCGCUGAAGGGAAGCACUACUGCAGGGAGAACACCAUGUGUGUUAAUACCCCCGGCUCCUUCAUGUGCAUCUGCCAUACUGGUUACAUCAGGAUUGAUGACUACUCCUGCACAGAGCAUGAUGAGUGCCUCAGCGGACUCCACAACUGUGACGAGAACGCCUUGUGCUUCAACAUGGUCGGAGGCCACAGUUGCUCCUGUAAGCCCGGCUACACUGGGAACGGAACAGUGUGCAAAGCUAUGUGUGACGGCUUGUGCCAGAACGGGGGAACCUGCGUCUCACCUAACAACUGCGUUUGCCAGCAAGGAUUUACCGGGAAGAGAUGCGAGACAGAUAUUGAUGAGUGUGCGGACGGCUUUGUGGAGUGUGAUAGCAAAUCUACUUGUGUCAACUUGCCCGGCUGGUACCACUGUGAAUGCCGCGAUGGCUACCAUGACAACGGCUUGUUUUCUGCCAGUGGGGAAUCGUGUGUAGACAUCAAUGAAUGCAAGACGGGGAGGAACACCUGUGCCAACGACACGGUGUGCUUCAACCUGGACGGAGGCUACGACUGCCGCUGCCCCCACGGCCACAACUGCACCGGGGACUGUAUCCAUGACAACAGGGUCAAGCACAGCGGGCAGAUCUGGGUGCUGGACAGCGACCGGUGCUCCGUGUGCUCCUGUCAGGCCGGCCAAGUCAUGUGCCGCAGGAUGGUCUGCGACUGCGACAACCCCAACGCCGACCUGUUCUGCUGCCCCGAGUGCGACCCCCGCCUGAGCAGCCAGUGUCUGCACCAGAACGGCCUGCUCACCUAUGGCAGCGGGGACACGUGGGUGGAGAACUGCCAGCAGUGUCAAUGCCUGCAAGGGCAGGUGGACUGCUGGCCUCUGCCGUGUCCACCCGUGGACUGUGAGUUUACCGUGGUGCCCGAGGGCGAGUGCUGCCCCCGCUGUGUCACCGACCCCUGCCUGGCCGACACCAUCCGCAACGACAUCACCAAGACGUGCACGGACGAGCACAACAUCUCACGCUUCAGUGGCUCCUCUUGGAUCAAACAUGGCACCGAGUGCACUCUGUGCCAGUGCAAGAAUGGACACAUCUGUUGCUCAGUGGACCCCAUGUGCCUUUAGUCCUGGCAGAUCUGAAGGCACCUGUACAGUGUUUUCCAUGUAAAAAAACAAAAAAUGGUAUCACCGCCCCUGUGUCUCUUCACUGUCCUCCUCACAGGCGUGGGUCAAACGGUUUUUGCGUAUUAGGAUGUGAGUAAGUGCUAAACCAGCUGGAUGGGGGGGAGCUGAUCAUAUCACUUCACAUUGUAGGAUACAGACAAAUGUACAAAUUUACCCUUCAGGUACUUUUCCGCUGGUCUCUUUUUACCAUACUCUACAUGGGGAUCUCCACCCACCUGGUAGCUCAUUGAAAAGCAUUAAAAGCGUUUUUGCAAAUACUCUUGUGACCCGCGUCUGCCUCCUCAACUCUUCUUUAUACCAAAUGCAGAUCUAUAUCAUACCAAACCGAAGAUGGACUACAGUUCCCUCAAACCCGCUCUCUCUCUCUCUCUCUCUCUCUCUCUCUCUCUCUCUCUCUCUGAUCUGUCUCAACACGUACAGUGAACCUUUAAGGAUCACCUUCCCCUCCCACUCUGAACCAUCGCCACAUGAAUCUGUAAGAUAUUACUAUUACUGGCAUGACUGUGCUUGAUGUCCAGACAUUUUUGCUGAUUUCUAAAUUCUUAAUGAUGAUGAUGAUAUAUUAGGUAGAGUACAGGCCGUUAGCAUAAGGUUUCGUUGAAACAUUUAUGAGUCUUCUAUAUUAUGUGGUGCUUUGUAGAUUUUGGUUCCAUUUCUCUUUUUUGUAAUUUUGUUUCUUUCCCAGCUUGUUAUUGUGCAAUAGUGAAAUAAAGUAUUUCUGUUUACAUUUA